UCCAUAUUAGGGUUUCGGCGCGAGGGUUUUUAAAUUUUCAGUCCCCAAUCCUUCUCCGUCUCCACGGUCCUCCCUCGCUGAAGACUUAACACCACCAUGAGCAGGUCAGGCCAACCACCGGAUCUGAAGAAGUAUAUGGACAAGAAGCUCCAAAUUAAGCUGAAUGCCAAUCGGAUGAUCAUUGGCACACUUCGGGGAUUUGACCAGUUCAUGAACCUAGUUGUUGACAAUACUGUGGAGGUGAAUGGCAACGAGAAAACUGACAUAGGGAUGGUGGUUAUCCGAGGAAAUAGUGUAGUCACUGUCGAGGCACUUGAACCUGUUAACAGGACUCAGUGACUUCUAGACUCUAGUUCACAUUUGUUAUGUUUGAAUUGGUGUGUAUUUGAAUAGAUAUGGUUGAGAUACGCUAAUACUGGAAUGAUGGCGAUUUUGUAUGCGAAUCAAAGUUCUCAGCUCGGAAUACCUUUAGAUCGACCUAACUCAAUGAUGUUUAUAUAUCACUUUUGGCUGGACUUGAAUUUUAAUGUAUUCCAUUUUUGUGCGC